GGCGCCACCCUUUUACGCUUUCGUGCGCGCUGGGCCUGCUGCCGAACGGUUCAGUUACCGUGCAGCCGAGAACCAGGUCAGACGUACUUUGUUCCUGUUCCGGGUAUUCGUGUUCUUCGCCUGCGUUCGCCGGGGUAGUUUGUCGCCCGUACCGGAAGUUUUCCACCGUGCGUUUGUGUAUGCGUGUGUUUGUGUUGGAAUUUUCGAAAUUCACACAGGUACAGCUGCAGAGCGUGUACCUAGCUGCAUGAAAGUGAGUGAGUGAAGUGAAUCCAUCAACGCGAAAGCAUCAGAAGGGUUUUGUGGCUGAAGUGCAGCUGUAGCGCGAUGAAAUUAGUGCCCGCUGGUGCGAGCUUGCAGUGAAUUGUGUGUGUGUAUGUGUUUGUGCGGGUGUCUGUGCGGAAAUUAAUAGAAAAUUGCAAAGCUUAGAAAUUGCAAGUCGAGUGCGCUGCAAGUCUGUGUUUGAGUGCUGGUGUUAGUGCGUUGUGUAGUGGAGUAAAAUAGGAAAUAGUGAAAAUAAUCAAAGAAUGCUCCCGUUGGAAAGAUGAGAAAAAAUUGUCCAACGCGGUGCAAGAAAUCGGUCGAGUGAGCUCAAAACCCUUCCGGCCAGAACGGGGGUUUGUGUCUGUGUGUGUGUGUGUGUCUGUGAGUGUGCGUUUGCAAGGCAAACCUGUGUAGAAACGGCAUGAAGCGUCGCGUGACGAUUGUGUACAAUCCGGUGCAGCCGGGCACUCGUCACCAGCAUCAUACUCUUCACCAACCACCUUCCACUUCCCCUCCCGCUCCUCAUCAGUCCUCCUUCCAGCCGACAACAUUAGCAUCCUCAUCAGCGGCACCCGACCAUCGCUCCCUGUGUCUGUCCUGCAUGGCAACCUCAUCGUCCUCCCCGUCGGCAUUCCGCUUCAUGAACGGCUCCUCAUCACCAUCGCCAUCACCAUCAUCAUCAUCAUCAUCAUCAGCGUCCUUUCCGUGCCAACGGUGCUGCUCGAUAUCAUCCAUUUUGAAAUCGUCGCCGGCGUCAUCACCGUCGCCGUUGAGUGCCUCAGAAAAAGCAGCACAACUAGAAGAUGCUCUUAAUAACAACCACCAUCACCAGCACCACAAACCAUCGACGGACGGGUGCUGUGCGAGUGUGGCCGAAUGCACCACCGGCCGACGGCGGGCAUCGCACCCGGCGGGCGACCGGGGCGACGAGCAGCGCUGGUGCAUGUACCUGCUCGUCGGGCUAAUUGCGACCCUCUGCUAUCUGAACGGCAUCCAGGGCGACUUUGUGCACGACGACAUCCCGGCCAUCACGCUCAACAAGGACGUGCUCGGGACGGGCCCGGUGGCGCAGGUGUUCCGCAACGACUUCUGGGGCACGCCGAUGGCCGACCUAAGCAGCCAUAAAUCAUACCGUCCGCUGACCACGCUGACGUUUCGCCUCAACUAUCUGACCUUCGGUCUGCGCUCCGUCUGGUUUCAUGCGACAAACGUGGCGCUACAUGCCGCCGCCACCGUGCUGUUCACGCGCGUCUGCCUCACGAUCGCGGGCCUGCGGCAAAACUUUGCCAUCCUGGCCGGCGUCCUGUUUGCUGUCCAUCCGAUCCACACCGAAGCGGUGACGGGCAUCGUGGGACGUGCCGAUGUGUUGGCGUGUAUAUUCUUCCUAAUUUCGCUGCUAGUCUACCACGGUCGUUCCCAUCAGCCCGACAUGAACUCGAUCUGGCUCAGCAUCGUACUCGGGGGGCUGAGCAUGCUGGCGAAAGAGACGGGCAUCACCGUGUUUCUCCUAAACGUUGCGUACGACACCUAUCGCAACUGGCCCGCUCUGAAGCGCACCAUGCAGGACAUGCGCUGGAGUGAGGAGACGCAUCAGUUUGGCCGCCGGGUGUCCCGGGUACUGCUCUCAAUGGGAGUCCUGCUAGCGGUCCGGUUGGCCCUGCUGCAGGGUUCACUGCCGCGCUUCUCGCAGCAGGACAAUCCGACCGCCUUCCAUCCGAAUCUUUACGUGCGCCUGCUAACGUUCUGCUAUCUGGCUGCCUUCAACUGGUGGCUUCUGCUGUGCCCUUCCACGCUCAGUCACGACUGGCAGAUGGGUUCGAUCCCGCUCGUUACCACGCUCAGCGAUCCGCGCAAUUUGCUCACGUUUAUUGCGUUCGGUGCAGCGCUCUUAUUCGUGUUUCGUGGUCUGAUGGAUUGUGAGCAUCAGCGUCACGUGCCGGUGGUAUUAGGGUUUCUAUUAUUAGUGCUGCCGUUUCUGCCCGCCACAAAUCUCGUCGUAACGGUGGGCUUCGUCGUCGCCGAGCGCGUUCUCUACAUUCCAAGCAUGGGCUGCCUAAUACUCGUCGUGUACGGUGCACAGCGACUCUGGGAACGCUUGGACGCUCGCCUGCGGAGACCGUUCCUGCUGCUAACCAUCGUGCUGCUGGCGGCCGGCUGUCUCAAAACCAUCGCCCGGAACCAGGACUGGAGCUCGCGCGAAGCCUUACUGCGAUCGGGCCUGAAAACGCUACCGCACAACGCCAAAAUGCACUACAAUUUCGGCAACUUCCUGCGGGACUCGUCCCGGCCCGAGCCGGCGAUCGCUCAUUAUCGGGAGGCGCUGCGGCUGUGGCCGACGUACGCCAGUGCGCACAACAACAUCGGCACGCUGAUGCCACAGUUCGCCACGGCCGAGUAUCACUUCCGGGAGGCUAUCAAAUAUGCAUCCGAGCACAUUAACGCACACUACAAUCUAGGCCAAUUAUACAGAAAAUCGAAUCGUACGAGCGACGCGAUCCGGAUGCUGGAGCGCUGCAUUCAGCUGGAACCGCUCUUUACCGCGGCUUACCUGGAGCUGGUGAAGCUGUACGGUGGGCAGCCGGCAGCUGCCGGUCGGCUGCUGGCCCGCGUUGUCCGCCUCAACCCGUACAAUGCGGACCUGCGCCGGCAGUACGGCGACUGGCUGAUGGAGCAAAACAUGCUGCUGGAAGCGUUCAAACAAUACCAGGAAGGGAUCAAAAUAAUGGAAACUCAUCAAUUAUCCGUGAUUGGUGCCUGUCGCUGUCUACGCAAAAUGGGACAACAGUCGCGAUUGCAUCAAAUGGUGCUGAGAUGGCAAUUUAUAGUUCGCUUAUCGAACGGCGGCAUUCCGAUACAGAACGAUAUCUAUCUCCGUGAUUGGAGCAUAAAGCACGAGCUUCGCAACCGGGCGAUGAUAUACGACAGUGGUAGUAGUAGCAGCAGCAGCAGUGGAAGUAGCAGUGGAAGUGGCGGCACCAGCAGCAGCAGCACUAACACCGGCACCGGCAGCACUAUUGUGAAUGGCGACAGUGGGCCCACCACGACCGAAGACACCGGAAGCAUAAAAGAUUGCUCCAAAAUAAACUGCAGAAAACAAACGGACCCACGGCACCCGGCGGAACCGGCCGAAAUAAGCAUACGAAUACUGCGCACGCCACACUGCAACCGGUCGGAGCACAUUCCCAGCUCGCUGAAGGCCUGCAAACUGGCAGCAGCAUCGGCGCCUCCCACCACCGCCAACAGUGCGGCACCGGAACCGCCAUCCACCCACAACGGGAAGGGCAGUGUGAAAACGAAAAAAUGGUCCAAAUCACGGCACAAACCGAAACGGCAGCAGCCCUCCGGUACGACCGCCCUCGAUCCGAACGGUGCCCCACUUGCUGCCCCGCUGCUCGUGUCCAACCUGCUCGACAAGCUGUAACGUACCGUUUGGGCGGUGGAUGAAGGGGAGAAAUGCAAAGCGACACACGGCGGGUCUAGCCUCGAUGUACGAUGAUCGAUAGUGAUGAUUUUAUUUCCCCCGGCCUCGACGAGAGAAAGAUGGGGCAAAACCAGGGGGACUGAACUGAUUUCGACAAGCAAUGGCACAAAAUUCGCACCAUGCAACAAUGAAGAUGUGCACGGUGAAGGGUAUGAUAAAUCGUAUUACAUUACUGGCUCGUAACAAAGGCAGGGAGUUAGAAAGAGAGAGAGAGAGAGAGAUGGAAAAGAAAAAAAAACACAACCCCACUCGCAGCAGUACUAUCCCACGGUCCCCGUAGCUAUCAAAUCCGAGACAGCAACAGUAUUGUCGGCGAUAUUUGGUUGGCUGUAAGUUGUAAGUAAUCUAACCUUCUAACACGCCUGUGCUUAAUGCCGCUCGCGUAGCAGCUGUACAUUUUCGGUAUCACUUCGGUGGCGGACGGGAAAGCGAAUGAUUGAAAGCAACAACAAAAAAACACCCCGUAUAUCCUCUCUGUGUAUGUGUAUAUAAUCGCACCGCCCAACCAACUACUGCAAGAGGUAAGUGAGUGAGAUGCUAGUGAUUAGUAGAGCAGACAGCAGGAGCAAAACAAAAAAAAAAACAAAACGAAACCACACGAAGCGUACAAUCGUGUGAAAGCGAUAGCGAAACCGAGCUGCAAAGCAGUGGGAAGGCAAUAGGACGACGACGUUGAUUUUGAACGGUGACAGCUCCUGUGUUGAGAGCUCACCGUUUGUCGGUGCAGUGUAAAAAGCUUAGAAAUAAGACUGUAGUGAUGGCCAGAACCAGUACUAGGGGGAGACUGGGAGGGAAAAAAUUCUAUACAAAGUGUAUUUGACUGGAAUGGCUUCUUUUUGAUAUGUGGCUCUCUAACAAGCUCAAAUGGUUUCGGACGGUGUGGGAUGAGCGACUGAGUGAAUUGCAUUACGGAUAGCGUCAAAAAGUCUCACAAAUGCGUUGUUUUUUUUUUACAAUUUGACAGCCAAAGAGCUUCGUUUUGACAGUAGGGUUAUGUUUAAUUCAACAUUUUAUUUGCAUGACUAAAUCCCAAAAUUAACGAACUGUAAAUAAACCACUCAAACCUUUCAUGCAAACGUUCUGUUCAGCAGCGCAGAAAAAGUGUCAACCUAUCUUGCUGUCAUUUUUUAUGUUUUUGUUUAAUGCUUUGCUGUGUGCCUGCAUCGCAGCAAACCGUGCAAAAGGGAGUAACGAAUUUAAAAAAUAACGAACGCGUCGCCUGAAGCAACCAUACCCACACUGCAACGAACCGCAAUAAAGACCAGCCAAGAGAUUUAUGCAAAAAACAGAACAAAAAGCGAUCCAAACAAUGGCCAAAUCAUACGCUAGCUAUCCCAUAUUUUCCGUUUCAGAGCUUGAGUGAGGGCGAGUCCGAGCUUUUAGGAUGUUAGUGCA